AUGUUCGUGCCUGGACGUCUUUACCCGAUUGAUUUGCACUACAUUCCACUUAGUCCAGUUGAAAUUGCCAAUACCACCGACCGAAUUGAUCCUGCGCCAUAUAUUCGUCUACUGAGACGAAUCGAUGUCACAUAUCCUGCUACUGAACGAGGCGAUCUUUUGAUCUUUCUAUCUGGAAUGGCUGAUAUUCAAGCAAUAAUGGAACCAGCUAAAGCGUAUGCUGAAGAAACAAAACGAUGGAUUAUUUUACCUUUACACAGUGCAUUAUCUGCGUCAGAUCAAGAAAAGGUUUUUCAUGUUGCUCCAGACUGUGUACGUAAAUGUAUUUUGUCAACAAAUAUUGCUGAAACCUCUCUGACCAUAGAUGGAAUAAGGUUUGUGGCUGAUUCUGGUAAAGUUAAAGAACUAAGUUGGGAUUCUAAAGCACGAAUGCGUUGUUUGAAAGAAUUCUCAAUAUCUAAAGCAAGUGCUAAUCAACGUAAAGGUCGUGCAGGUCGUACAGGUCCUGGUGUUUGUUAUCGUUUCUACACUCAAGAGGAUUAUGAUAAUUUUGAGGCAUUUAGUACCCCAGAAAUUCGUCGUGUCCCUUUAGAAACACUUGUUUUACAAAUGAUGGUUAUGGGUUUACCAGAUAUUAAAAAAUUUCCUUUCAUUGAUCCUCCUGAAAUGAAAUGCAUAGAUGAAGCACUUGAUAUACUAAAGUCACAUGGAGCAAUUAUUCCACAGAAUAACUUGUUAACAGUUACACCACUUGGACAAUUAUUAUCUGAUAUACCAGUUGAAUUUUCAUUAGGUCGUAUGUUAAUUAUGGCAUCAUUAUUACGAUUAAUUGAUCCUGUAUUAAGUUUAGUUGCUGGUAUGGCUAUUCAGUGUCCAUUAUUAUCGCAUACUGCUUUCAGUGGAGCAGAACUAACACGUCGAAUGGAUUCAUUAGCUGAAUAUGAAAGUGAUCAUGGUGAUGCAUUUACAUUGGUCAAUGUUUUUGAUGAAUGGAUUAAGAUGAAAUCAGAAACGACUGGUGUUAUGAAACAAGAUUAUGAAAUAGACGAAUUUCAUACUAAUGAUAGUGAAAAUGAUAACAGAGGUACAAAUAUUAAACGAUGGUGUCGUCGUAUUGGAGCACAACAACAACGUCUUCAUGAAAUGGUUCGAUUACGUAGUCAGUUCGCACAAUUGUUAAAAGAUAGUGGUCUUCUUGAUAACAAAUCUACAGAAUCCGAUAAAAAUUCAUCUAGAAGGCAACACUUUAAAAAUUUAAAUUAUGCAAGACGUAGUGAACGAAUGAAAUCUAAACGACGUCGACUUCUCACUUUACAAGAUAAUUUGAGUGAUAAUUCCGAAUCGGAAAAAGAGGAAAAUCAUCAUGCAGAAAGUGAUUCAUCUAAAUUACGUAAAUGGUUAACUGCAUCAAAUCGUUCUUCAUCAAUUAAUUUCGAUUCAAUCAAUGUACCAGUACAAGAUUUAGAAUUGGUAUUAUGUUAUGAUCUGUCGUCAUUAGCACAAUCAGCUAAUAUUCAACAAAAUAUGACACAAGCUGAUCUUCAGUUAUUAAAAGUUGUCCUAGCUGGUGGUAUGUAUCCUCAGUUAGCUAUUGGUGAUGCAGCUAAUGCUUAUCGUGUGGCUAAUCGUGGUGGUACAGCUGGAGCUGGUGCUGAAAUGGUAUUUCAUACUAAGAAUAAAGGUUUUGUUACACUUCAUCCAAAUGAUAUAUUUGUUAGAAAACCAGAUGUAUUAUUUCCUGAGCGUACUUCAAAAAAAUGGAAUAAUAACAAUAAUAAUCCAAAAAAAUCACAAACAUCAUUAUCGAAUAAGAAUUUGAAACGACCAAAGCAUGACGAUGAUUUUGAUAGUGAACAAGAAGCUGAGGAAAAUAUUCCAGAUGUCUUGCCAUCGGGUUUUGCAUAUGAUCAUCAAUUACUUAUGUAUUUGGAUUUAAUGGAAACAACUAAACCUUUUCUGGUAAAUACAAUACGCGUUCCAGCAUUACCAACUUUGUUAUUGUAUUGUCGUGAAGUGGACACAAAUGCUAACAUUUCAAGAAUUGUUUUUGAUUCAUGGUUGGAAGUACGAUUAUUGGAUGUUGAAGCUGCACAACGAGCUGUAGCUACUACUGUUUGGUUACGAUCAACAAUGCAAUGUCUUAUGGAAUUUGAGCUUGCAGAAUCUUUACGUCGUCGUGAUCAAACACUCACUGGUGACAGCGGCGGUGGUGAUAAUGACAAUGCAACAACUAAAACAUCAACAAAAUAUGAUUCUUCUAAAAAAGAUGAAAAUAAACGAAAAAUUCGUCGGCUACAACGUAUGUUAUCGCAUAGUUUAGCUGCAUUUCUAGCUGGUCAACCUGGUGGAGCAUAUUCUAUAAAGCGAUUAUUAGCAGCUGAUGUAAAACAGUUGUUUCGAAAACAGAAUAAUGAUGAUAAUAAUGAUAUGCGUGAGAUUCAAUCUCAGUCUAAAUCAAUGCCAAAAAUUUGUAAGAAAAUAAAUUUCGAUGAUAUUCCAUUGCAAGAACCAGAUCAUGAGUCGGGUAUUACGUUCAAUUUAUCCAAAGGGGGCUAUCAAGUUACAGAUUACUUGAAUAUUGAUUCAUUGUAUCCUGAAAUAAUGCCAGUUCAAGAUCCAUCAACUGCAGAAGAUAGAGAUGAAUCCGAUUAUUAUGAUGCAAGUAACAGUUAUAAUCUUGCAUUACGAUUACGAAAACAAAUCCCUUAUGAAUCGUUUGAUGAAGCUUCUAAGGAUGAUCAUUACAGAGAUUUUAAUGAAAGUUCAUCUUUAUAUGAACCAAAUAAAAAUCAAGAGGAAGAUGAUAAAGAAUCUUUGGAUGAAUCUAAAAAUGUUUGUGAAAUCUGUGGUCAAAUUAUUACAAUUCAAGGGACUUUGCAAACAUCUAUCUUAAGGCAUCGAAGAAACUGUCAGGCAUAAAAUGAUUGGGAAUUUUCCCGUUAAAAAUUCCUUCUUAUGAUCUUGUAUAUAAAUAUAUAUUUUUUACUCAA